AUCUGCCGGUGGCCACACUGGCUCCUGUAACAACCCAGCGCACCACAUCGUCACGCUCGAACGAAGAGCACGUACGUUUGCUUUCUCUUUCCCCAACUCGCUUUGGAGAUCCAUGGCCGAUUUACACUGCUGCUACUCCUUUAGCCUCGCGGAAGCCACAUAUAUAACAGCCCUUGCUGCUGCUGCUGCUGCACCGGGCGCUGGCGCCAGUGUCGAUCGGAGAGCAGGGCAGAGGCAGCCAUGGCACGCGAGAACAGAGCGAUCAUCAGGUUGGUGGCGGUGACGCUGCUGCUCCUGGUCUGCACCAUUCGCUGUGAAGCAAGAUCCAUGAGGCGAUUGCAAACCAAAAGCAACCCGCUGCUCAACGCGCUGUUCAAGCUCAACUUCAUCAGGACAGUGGAGCCAUCGCACCUGCCCCCUCCUACCGGCAAAGCCGACGCCGCGAGCCUCGCCGCUGCCGACGGCGGCGAUGGCAGCAACACGCCGUUCUGCGUCAAUCCCCCAGACCCUCCAUCAACGACGACGCCUCCCUUCUCCUCGACACCGUCCACCCCUUCCAUCCCGGAUCAGCCCCCGCCGCUGCCGCCGAUCACCCCCGUGCCGCCGUCCUUCGAGCCGAGCCCGCCGGACAGCAGCACCCCGGGAGGACAGGGAGGUCAAGAAGGUCCACCAGCGACCACGACGCCGAACCCGCCGCAGAACAGCCCAAACACGCCAUUCGGAAUGGUGCCGCCGAGCCCCAUCGUCGUGGUGCCGAGCCCGCCCGGCUCCGGCUCCGGCUCGGGUUCCGGCGGCACGUUCCUGCCGCCGAUCGUGUACCCGCCUCCGCUGGCGCCGCCGCUGCUGCCGGGAGCCGGGCAGCCGCUGUGGUGCGUGGCGAAGCCGACGGUGCCGGACCCGAUCAUCCAGGAGGCGAUGGACUACGCGUGCGGCUCGGGCGCCGAGUGCGGGUCCAUCCAGCCCAGCGGCGCGUGCUACCAGCCCGACACCGUGCUCGCGCACGCUUCCUUCGCAUUCAACAGCUACUGGCAGCAGACCAGGGCGGCCGGAGGCACCUGCGACUUCGGCGGCACCGCCACUAUUGUCACCAGAGACCCAAGCUAUGAGAAGUGCAAAUUCAACCUUCUAUGAGGGUACGGGCCUACGGGGAUGUGCAGCAGAACAGACUGCAGAUGUCCAAAAUUUUCCAAAGUUUGUUCGGGGUUAUUCCAUUAUUUGCUUCUAGGCCACACAACUGCAGAUUUUGUAACUAGCUCUUCGGUAGCAUCAUGAUUUUGGAUUCUCGUAAGUCUAAUACUGUACGAAGCCGAAAGGUGAUUCCUUGA